UGUGUGGGAGGAAGGAAGGAUAAAAGGACUGUUACGUCUCCAGUUACACUGCACUCUCUCAGGUUUUCAGACUCAAACAGCAGUAGAAACCAGAGCACAACCAGCAUUUUACCAUCUGAAUCCCCCAGAAGCAAAAGCAUGGUUUUUGUACGUGUUCUCCUGUUGGUGGCUCUAAGUCACGGGGCGCGAGGCUCUCUGCGGGAAAAACAGACUGACUUUGGCCUGAAGGUCUUCUCUCAGCUGGCCCAGGGUUCUGUGCACCAGAACUUGGUCUUCUCCCCAUAUGGUGUGACCAGCGUCAUGGCAAUGGCCCAGCUCGGUGCAAAUGGGAACACACUCAAGGCCCUGACCACUACUCUGGGCUUUUCUCUGCACGAGCGGGGGGUGCCUAAGCAGCAGCGGCACAUGCAGAUGGAUCUGGCCAGUGAAGAGGGGAUGAAGAUCGCCAGCGGGGUGAUGGUGGAGAGAAAGAUGAGCUUAGAGAAGAGAUAUCGUCGAGCCCUGGCCAAGAGCUUCCAAACCCAUCCCCAUCAAGUGGACUUCACUGAGCCGGACCAGGCUAUCAGAGUGAUUAAUGCAUGGGUUUCGGAUCACACUGCAGGUGCUAUUCCUGAGUUCUUGUCAUCUGGAAGUCUAGAUGCUGAGACACGAUUGGUCUUCCUAAAUGCUCUCUACUUCAAUCAGCUCUGGAAGGUUUCUUUUGACCCCAAACUGACCCAGGAGAGGAUGUUCCACUGUGCAAAUGGAAGUAAUUUGCCUGUGCGCAUGAUGAAACUCACUGAUUACUUCAACUACGGGGAGUUUGUGAGUUCUGAUGGGGUGGACUAUGAUGUGAUUGAGAUACCAUAUGAAAAGGACUCGAUGAGCAUACUUCUGGUGUCGCCCUUUGAAGCCGAGGUUCCUUUGAGCGCACUCAUUGCUGAUCUGAGCAGCCGGAGGAUUCAGCAGUGGAGGUCAGAAAUGAGGAAGGUCAGGAGAGAGCUGAUGGUGCCAAGGUUUUCUCUAAACUCUGAAGUGGAUCUGAAGGCUGCUUUGAUCAAAAUGGGACUUGGAGACAUGUUCAGCUUGGGUACCGCUAACUUCACACAUAUAACACCCAAUGAGAGGCUGUGUGUGUCAAAGGUCCUGCAGAGAGUGAAGAUCGAAGUGAAUGAGCAAGGAACAAAUGGAGCAUCGGCUACAGCUGCUAUCAUGUUCUCCCGUAUGGCGGUGCAACAGAUCAGUCUGGACCGACCCUUCCUCUUCCUUAUUCAGCACCAGAACACCGGUGCAGUUCUGUUCAUGGGUCAGUUCAACCACCCUCCUCAACAAUAAUCCAAGCUUUAACCUAAGUGCAUGUGACCCAGACGUGUUUGAUCCAAGUGUGUGUGAGAAUGUACCCCAGAUGAAAUAUACCUGAUGACUGGGCUGGACUGGUACCUGGACUGACUGAGAGACUUCAUAUGUUGUUUUUUUAUUUAUUUAUUUAAAUGUAUGUAGUUCAAAGACUGUUCAUUCACCUGUGUUGUUUUUAUUUUGUUGUUCUUUAAAUGUAUAUUUCUAAUAAAGCUUUAUUAUUUAAAUGUCA